AUGGAGGAAAUGAGAAGGAUCUGUCGCACUGCAGCGUCAUCGAGAACUCACAGGCGAGUGUAUAUCUGCAUAAUCCACCGAAGGCUCAGCUCGUAUUGCGAGGUGCGGCAAAUCUUUAGCGAUUAUGCAAUACCGUCUCUUCGGGUGUAUCUACUCCCAGAGAUUGCUUGUCUCCUUCCAGCACCGCCAAGUGACUGGGGCUUAGAUCAUGACCCAUUCCAACCGGUCGACACGGCAUUCUUCCACGCGACCAUGUCUCCAUGGAAUCGCUUAUUCAUUUCCCAAUUUAUGGAUUACGCCGAAACCAAGAUGCUCGCAGGCAUACCACUUCCUCUAAUCUUUGCCGCGCCGGCCACUAAGUAUGAGGCGUGGAAGAUGGAUAAGGAGUACAAGGAUCUUUGCAAUGCCAGUGCCAUCCUUGCACAGUCUGUGGAACAUAUAAGGUAUAAGAGUUCCCUCAGAAAGCCUGCCGCUGCUCACGGACUUAAAAGGCGAGCUCAGCGCCUUCGCUCGCGCGGAUUCGGAAGUGGUCUUGGAGAGGUCAUUUCUGUGGACGAAGAGUGGCCCGAAGAAGGCUGGGCAAGUUCAAUGUUGAUGCCGGAUGCCCCUUACGACACUAGACUUCGAUACAAGAUGAGAGACAGGCCGUUCCUCCUGGACAAUGACCCCACGGAUUGCUCUGGCAUUAUACCAAGGUCACGGGUUUCGAGAAUGCUGGAACAGAAUUAG